CCUGAGUUUGCUUUACAUACAUACAUUAAAUUAUUUGUUCCUUUAGUUUGUUCUAUUAUUUAUAUUGUAAUUUUGAAGUAAUGAAACUUGGUAACCAUUUGAAUAAAACAUUUUGGUUUGUUUAUAAUAUAAAAAGUAUUCGGCAACAACAAAAUUUCAGAUGUUUUGUAAACUAUUACAUUGUUUGAAACUUACGUGAAUAAUAUGAUAUCAUAAUGUUGUCUCAAUAGUUAUCUGAGUAUCCUUUGUGUCCAAUUACUGUGUGGAAACGAUGCUGCUAGGACGUAUGAUAAAAAUGUUUGCGUGUUUGGUAGUUUUUUCUCUUUGUUUGGUACAUAUUGAUAGUGUGACUCCUCAAUGCAGAAAUGAGCGAGGGGAACCUGUUGAUUGGUUUUAUGUCUAUAAAUUACCAAGAGAGAAGAAUCACUUAAAUCCACUGGUCAGAAGAGGAGUUGCAUACAUGUUUCUGACUCCUUCGAAGCUCAGGGGAGGAUGGAUAAUGUCAGAUAUUGCUAUCGGUGAUCCCAGAUCUAUGGUGGGGAGAACACUGGCACCCUUGUAUCAAGAGAAGAACAUUAUUUCAUUGGUAUACAAUGAUCAGCCACCAGCAACAGAGAAUCAACCAGACUUACUACAGUCUGUUGCAGACAUGUAUUCUAAAAGCAAAAGGGGACAGACAAAACAGUCCACCAUGAAGAAAUAUAAGAAAUUCAAAUUAGGUGAAAAGUAUUAUGAUGAUUAUGACUUGGCGGAGAUGUGCAAAAUGCAUUCUAAGUUUAUGAAGAGCAGAGUUGAGAGUGGACAUACCAAGGGUGUGAUACUGGGUGAUAAGUUCACAUCUCUGUGGCUUGUACACUCUGUUCCUAGAUUUCCACCUGUGCCCGACAUACAUGGUCUUAACACAUCAUCAUACAGCUACCCAUCCAGUGGCAUGAGAUAUGGCCAGUCGUUUCUGUGUGUGUCCGUACAGACCUCCACUCUUAACCAGAUUGGUACACAGCUCAAAUACAACGAACCAUUAAUUGUGUACCAUCACAUACCUUCGGAGUUUGACAGUGAAUUGUCCAACCUAGUUGAUGUGAUACGGAAUAAGACAAUCGACACAUCACCAUGGUAUCACAUAGAAAGUUUCGAAACACUGGUCGGACGCAAGUUUCUCUCGUUCGCAAAGAGUGCAAUGUUUAACGACGAUCUGUACAGUGGCCUGGUGGCAGAAGUACUACAAUCUGAUCUUCUGGUGGAAUCCUGGACUAAUGGACCCGGCACCUUGGACUCGGAGUGCAACAGAAAUUUCCAAGUCCGUAAUAUCGAACGCCUUAAGUUCCCGAUCGCAAAGAUGUCGUUUACUUCACACAACGAUCACUCCAAGUGGGCGGUGGCGGUCGCCCACAAGAUGCACAACAGUCAGGACACCAAAGUGGCCGACUACUGGGUCUGUGUUGGAGACAUCAACAGAGCGUUACCCCAGGAGUCCCGCGGUGGAGGCACAGUUUGUACGUCCGGACCCAUUCUGUGGGGCAACUUUGCCCAUCUCAUUGACUCUGUACAGACAUGUAGCUAAGUGCCAACGUUAACUGGGUAAUCUGUGAUAUAUCUUGCGUGACAAUGCUUGUAAAUAAUUUGCCUCUUGUUUUAAUAUUAUAUUAUAAUUAUGAUAAGCCUAAAUGUUUUUCCGAACAAUGUAUAUAUAACUAAGAACUAUCACUUAUUACCAUAAACUUAUUAUACUAGCGUAACAGACAAAGACGGGGAGUCUUACUCCCUUAUUCAUAAUGGUCCGCUAACUUUAAACAGCCGCUUAGGAGUGUUUUUUCUCAUUCUGACUUAGGUCAAUAGAAAAAGACAGAGUGAGAAUUAGCAAUGCUUUAAGUUAUCAGACUAUUAUGAAUAAGGGGGUUAGUCAUUACGGCGAGUUAGUGAAAUGAGUAGUAUUUUGCUUUUAGACCUAUGACUAGUAUUGAUAAACGGCGUCAUAUUCACGUACACAAUAUUUUAUUUUUUUGAUUAAUAUAUUCUUUAGAAAAUAGAGUAUUUACUGCGUAUAUAAAAUGUAAUGCAAAACAUUUUAGUGAAACUGUUCUACGAAAAUAAGCACCACGAAAACAGUAUAGAAGAAUCAGAACCUGUGAAAUGUUUCUUUAUUUUGAUCGUUGCUGUCUAUAGUAACACAAUAUAACACAGAACAUGAAAUCAUUAUAUUUUUUCAUCAAUAUCCGUUAAAACAUAGAACAAUUUGUUUAUAACCACUAAAAUUAAAAUGCGGUCCUAUUUUACAGAAGACUAAUGGACACUAAAUUGUUUCAAAAUGCUUUCAUGGUCUUCAUUUAUUCCGUCUCUUUCUCACACCUAGGUUUUCAUGUACACUGUCACUUAUUACAUCAGCAUUCUAACGAACAAACACCGCAUAAAAAUCGAUCCAUUAAUGUGGAAGAUGCAAUGCCAUAGAAAGACACGUCAAAAUAACCUCUUUUUGGCGUGGGGUUUUCACGUCAGAGACACACGUGACGGAUCAUCAUCACCAUUAUGUACGUUUCGAAUGUUUUGAUGCGAAGGAUUUAAUUUUUAUUAUAUUAAUCAUUAGAUGCUUUAAGAUAUAGAUAUAAGACAUUAUAAUAAAUGCUCACAGAGUGUUGCCACUUAGACUUGCAUUGGACCUGCUCCCUUUUUACAACCACCACGUCGUGUUGUAGUUAGCUCAAGAAGGUACUUAAAGUAUCGUGUGUUCAAUACUAGCUUGCCUGAGGGUUACUUACUACUUACAUAGCUUGUGUAUUGCCACCUAUUAAUUAAGUGAAUACUGUACUAUAGUUUUUUAAUGAUUCGAAUUAAAGCUGAUGUUAUAAAUAACUUAAAAUGUUCAUUGACUAUAGGCCGACCGUUUAUCUGAGUCCUCGCCUGCCGGGCACAGGGGCGCGG